CUCUGUCUCCUCCGGCAAUUAGACAGUGCUUCUACACUUCCUUUGGUUUUGACGUCAGUUCUUUGAGGCGACUCUGAGGUUGAAACAUUUUGCUCCGGCAGCUCAGCUCCAGUGGUUUAGUUUAAAACGGUCGUCUCUCCCCCGACAAGAAACCAGCCGAAGGGUUAAGCCAACCAUGGCUCCCUGGAGCCAGACUGUCAGGGAGAGAUAUGGAGUGGCAAUAUACAAUUUUGAGAGAAAACGCACUCCGCAGCUCUCCCUAUGCAUCGGGGACACAGUACAAAUCCUGGAAAAGUGUGAAGGGUGGUACAGAGGAUGCUUGAUGAAAAACAAGUUGCAAGUGGGGGUGUUUCCAGCAUCAUUCGUUCACGUCAAAGAAGCGAUCAUUGAGAAAAGAGGGAACCAGGAGAAUGUUGUUUCGGCAGAAAUGCCCUUGGUGAAGGAGGUGACAAGCACGCUGCGUGAAUGGGGCAUUAUCUGGAAGCAGUUGUACCUGACUAAUAAAACCGACAAGUUCAAGGCAGUCCACAGCAUGCUGUUUGAUUUGAUGGAAUGGCGAUCACAGCUCCUUUCUGGAACACUCCCCAAAGAUGAAUUGAAAGAGCUCAAACACAAAGUUACUUCCAAAAUAGACUACGGGAACAGAAUCCUAGAGUUGGACUUGGUUGUGAGGGAUGAGAAUGGAAAUAUUCUGGACCCAGACAAGACCAGUGUAAUCAGUUUGUUUCAUGCCCAUGAAGAGGCCACCAGACAAAUCUCUGAGCGAAUAAAGGAAGAAAUGCAUCGAGCCCAGCAUGACUGUGGAACCUCUUCUCGAAUGUCCUCAUCCCCCACCUACAGCCUGUAUGUCUUUGUGCGGAACUUUGUAUGCAGAAUCGGGGAGGAUUCGGAGCUCUUCAUGUCACUGUACGAUCCACACAAUCAAAUAAUCAUCAGUGAGAAUUAUUUAGUGCGUUGGGGGAGCGGGGGACUCCCGAAAGAGAUUGAAAUGUUAAACAACCUGAAAGCUGUCUUCACUGAUCUGGGAAACAAAGAACUCAAUCGAGAGAAAAUUUAUUUAAUUUGCCAAAUAGUCCGGGUUGGAAGGAUGGAUCUGAAGGACACCCAUCAGAAGAAAUACACGCAAGGAUUGAGACGACCUUUCGGAGUGGCAGUUAUGGAUAUCACGGAUAUCAUUAAAGGCAAAAUAGACAGUGAUGAAGAGAAGCAGCACUUCAUUCCAUUCCAUCCAGUUGUAGCAGAGAAUGAGUUUCUACACUCUCUCCUCAAUCGAGUGAUAUCUACCAAGUCAGGAGAUGAAAAGGGACAAGGUCUCUGGGUAACUAUGAAAAUGUUGGUGGGCGAUGUAUCUCAGAUCAGAAAGGACUACCCACAUCUUGUGGACAGGACCACUGUGGUGGCCAGGAAGCUGGGAUUCCCAGAGAUUAUCAUGCCAGGUGAUGUCAGGAAUGACAUUUACAUCACUGUGCAAUCCGGAGACUUUGAUAAGUACAAUAAAACCACACAGAAGAAUGUUGAAGUGAUUAUGUGCGUCUGUAAUGAAGAUGGAAAGAUCAUCCCAAAUGCAAUUUCCCUGGGUGCGGGAGAUAAGGCAGUCAGUGAAUAUCGAUCUGUCAUAUACUAUCAGAUAAAGCAGCCACGAUGGAUGGAGAUAAUCAAGGUGGCAAUUCCUAUUGAAGAAAUGCAAAGAAUACACCUGAGGUUUAUGUUUAGACACCGAUCAUCCCAAGAGUCCAAGGACAAGAGUGAGAAGAAUUUUGCCAUGGCCUUUGUCAGAUUAAUGAAAAAUGAUGAGACAACACUGCAGGAUGGCACUCAUGAACUACUGGUGUAUAAGGGCGACAGUAAGAAGAUGGAGGAGGCGAGAAUCUACACAAAGCUGCUGCCCACUCGCCCAAGCUCGGAGUACAAAGGGGCUACCUUGAGCCGUGCUAACAGCAUGCUAGCAAGUGGCCUGUCCAACAGCUCUCGGGACAGCUUCUUGAUCUCAACGCUCGUCUGUUCCACUAAACUCACCCAGAACGUGGGUUUGCUGGGACUCUUGAAGUGGCGUACAAAACCGGAGCUCCUGCAGGAAAACUUAGAGAAACUGAAGUAUGUGGAUGGAGAGGAGGUGGUUAAGUUCCUGCAGGACACUCUGGACGCACUCUUCAACAUCAUGAUGGACCAUUCCCACACUGACAAGUAUGACAUUCUGGUCUUUGAUGCUUUGAUCUACAUUAUAGGGCUGAUUGCGGACAGGAAAUUUCAACACUUCAACGCUGUGUUGGAAGCCUACAUCAAACAGCACUUCAGUGCGACGCUGGCUUACAAGAAACUGAUGGCAGUGCUGAAGAGUUACCUGGACAAGUCCAGUCGGGGUGAGCAAUGUGAACCGAUUUUACGGACACUCAAAGCAUUGGAAUACGUCUUCAAGUUCAUUGUACGCUCCAGGUUCCUGUUUGCACAACUUUAUGAAGAGAAGGAGCAAGACGAGUUUAAGGAAUCGCUGAAAAGUCUGUUCCAAUCCAUCAACAAUCUGAUGAAAAGUCAACAAACUACAAUCAUUCUACUGCAGGUUGCUUCUUUAAAAUAUCUGCCUUCAGUACUUCAUGAUGUUGAGACAGUCUUCGAUGUCAAGUUAUUGAGCCAGCUCCUUUUGGAAUUCUACACCAGCAUUGCUCCUGACAAACUACACAAGCAGAAAAUCCAGUCGCUGACAGAGAUUGUGUCCAGCAAACUCUUCCAGAAAAAAGAAUGUCGAGACAUCCUGCUUCCAAUGAUGACCAAUGACCUGAAAGUGCUGCUGGAGCAGAAAGAUGAACAGCAACAGAGCCUGGUACUCAAGUACUGUGUUGAUCUCCUUAACAACAUCCUGCAAGUCCUGAGCCAACCAGGCGUGGGUGCGACUUCUGGUCAUCUUCAGGAGAUCAUAAUCAAGCUUCUGAGGACUGUGAACAAGACAGUUAUUAACAUGGGACGAGAUCACAACCUGAUUAGUCACUUUGUAGCGUGUAUGACAGCAAUCUUGAAUCAGAUGAGUAAUCAGCAUUACACUUACUACCUGGAACAUUUCCAGACGAAUUCAGACCUGGUUGACUUUUUUAUGGAGACCUUCCUCCUGUUCAUGGACCUGAUUGGGAAGAAUGUCUAUCCUGGUGACUGGAUGGCCAUAAGUAUGGUGCAGAACAGAGUAUUUCUCAGAGCCAUCAACAAGUUUGCUGAAACCAUGAACCAGAAAUUCCUGGAGAACAUGAAUUUUGAGCAUCAGCUGUGGAAUAAUUAUUUCCACCUGGCGGUGGCCUUCAUCACCCAAGAUUCACUGCAGCUGGAACUUUUCUCGCAAGCAAAGUGCGCCAAGAUCCUGAAUAAAUAUGGUGACAUGAGAUGUCUGAUUGGAUUCGCCAUCCGUGACAUGUGGUAUAAAUUGGGCCAGAACAAGAUCCACUUUAUCCCAGGGAUGGUCGGUCCAAUCCUGGAAAUGACUUUGAUACCAGAGAAUGAACUACGGAAAGCCACCAUUCCAAUUUUCUUUGACAUGAUGCUGUGCGAGUAUAAUGUCUUCAAUAAGUUCAAGAAGUUUGAAGAUGAAAUAAUCCUGAAAUUGGAUCAUGAAGUGGAAGGUGGACGAGGAGAUGAACAGUACAUGCAACUCUUCCAGACAAUCCUCCUGGAAUGCUCCUCAAAACAUCACCACAUCGCAAAAGAGGUGAAGUUCUUUGUGAGCCUGAUCCGGGGCCUGCUGGAGAAACUGCUGGACUACAGGGCUGUGAUGAGCGAAGAGAGCAGAGGCAACCGCAUGAGUUGCACUGUGAACCUGCUGAAUUUCUACAAGGACAUUAACCGUGAAGAGAUGUACAUUAGAUAUCUGUACAAACUGCGAGAUCUGCACUUGGACUGUGAUAACUACACAGAGGCUGCCUACACUCUCCUCCUACACGCUAAAUUACUUAAGUGGUCCGAUGAACAGUGUGCGUCUCACCUCAUGCCCAGAGACUCCCAAAGCUCUCAGACCCAGCGACAGCUGAAGGGACGUUUGUAUGAAACCAUCAUCGAUUACUUUGACAAGGGCAAGAUGUGGGAGGAAGCCUUGAACCUGUGCAAGGAGCUGGCUGAGCAAUUUGAAAAGGAAAUCUUUGACUACGAGCUGCUCAGUCAAAACCUGAAACAACAGGCUAAGUUCUAUGAAAACAUCAUGAAGAUCCUGCGGCUCAACCCAGAUUACUUUGCCGUUGGUUAUUACGGACAGGGCUUCCCACCUUUUCUCCGGAACAAGGUGUUUAUCUACCGGGGAAAGGAGUACGAACGAAGGGAAGAUUUCCAAGGGCAGAUCAUGAUCCAGUUCCCAAAUGCAGAGAAGAUGAAUACAACAUCAGCUCCUGGGGAUAACAUCAAGAACUCACCUGGACAAUUCAUUCAGUGCUUCACUGUCCAGCCAGUCCUGGAUGAACAUCCCGGUUUCAAGAACAAGCCAGUGCCAGACCAGAUCAUCAACUUCUACAAGGCAAAUUACGUGCAGACUUUUCAAUAUUCCAGGCCCACAAGGAAGGGAUCUGUGGAUCGGGAUAAUGAGUUUGCUUCAAUGUGGAUCGAAAGAACAACUUUCCAUACAGCAUAUAAAUUACCUGGGAUUCUGCGUUGGUUUGAAGUCUAUUCUUUUUCUACUACCACCAUCAGUCCAUUGGAAAACGCCAUUGAAACCAUGGAGAAAACCAAUGAGAAGAUCUUUACUCUGAUCAACCAAUACCAAGGCGACGAGAACCUCGCCAUCAACCCGCUCUCUAUGCUGUUGAACGGUAUUGUGGACCCGGCCGUUAUGGGCGGAUUCGCUAAAUAUGAAAAGGCUUUCUUCACAGAUGAAUAUGCUAGACAGCACCCGGUAGAUUUGGAUAAACUGACCAAACUGAAGGAUCUGAUAGCCUGGCAGAUCCCUCUGCUCAGAACAGGAAUAAAGCUUCACAGGAAAAGGGUCACGGAUAUUCUUCGACCAUUCCAUGACCGCAUGGAAGAGUGUUUCAAACAGCUGAAAAUCAAAGUAGAAAAAGAAUACGGAGCAAGGGAGCUGCCCGACAUUGAUGACAGGCGUACCAGUCGCCCACGCUCUAUGCUGAGGUCCUAUCGUCAGGUUUCCAUGAUUUCGCUGUCCUCCAUCAACAGUGACUGCACCACCCCAACUAGACCCAACCCCAACAGCGCAUUCGUAGAGGUGCCAACACGCAAGAUGUCCAUUUCCAAGUCUGAAGAAAGGUCACUGGAUCAGAUCACAAAGGAGGAAGGAGAAGUCAAACUGAGGAAGGAUAAGAAGAGGCACAAGAGAAGCAGCGUGGUGUUUGCAGACAGCAAGUCAGAGGCCAGCAUACAUACCGAAUCCAAGAGGCUUUCCAGGAAGCAGGAGUUUAGGAGUGAGACCAACUUGUCAGACAAUAUGGAGAAGAGACCAACUUCUGCGCUGCUCAAACAGAUGAGCUUUGCGAGCAAGUCCAUGCCCACAAUUCCAGCUCUGCUAUUUGCUCUGGCGAAUGGAGGCGAUGACCAGGGUUUCGAACAGAACACGUCAAAGCGAAUCAGUCAGCCGCUAUUUGUGUACUGUUCCGAGGAAACUGAGGUGACAGAAAAGAAAAGCACGAGUAAAAGUAAAAAAUCUUUCUUCAAGAGCCGGCUGACACCAAAGACAACAGAGGACAGUAAGGAUGCUGGAGAUAAGCUGUCUGGCAUGAACCUGUGACACGAAUCUGACCACUGGCAGUGAUGUCGAUCUACGAGCUGAGGCCAUUGUGGAGACUGCACAGAGCUUCUCCGAGGAGCUACCUUUUGCUCCUCAUUGAAAACGUUUAGUUUGGGGUUUUUUGGGGAGUGGGGGAGGAAAAAUCUACCAUUUUUGAGCUAUCUCAAAGUGAGUUCCCCCAAGCCUUCUACAAACAGCCAAUGUUUGACAGAAGGAAUUUCUUGCUUCCACGCAUACUUAUCCGUACAAAAUUCCUGAAACUUCUGAGGUUUGAAAGAUGAAUACACUAGACAUUCUGUCAAGUUAUUACACUUUAAUCUCUGUAUCCACUUGAUCAAGAACCAAGUCACAGCAAAUUCCAAAGCUGACUUAAUCUGUAGCACAAUUCCUUGGUUAUAAGUGCCACCCCCAUCUCAUGGCCUGAGACACUAGUCCCAUUUUUAUAUCUCUGUUUUUCCAUGCUUUCCAUAAACAUUUGCCCUUCCCACCCCACCCUGCUGCCAUCUCCCAAGUGCUCAAACGUGCUGUCAUUUUUAAAUCUGAAAACACAAAUAUUUUAUAGAUUUUUACAAAAGCAUGACCUGGAAACCAGCAAUUAUUUCACCACUGUUCAGAUCUGUUGUUAUUGCCUCCCAGGGGCAUUGUGUACGUCCAGAAAACUUAACCGCAGUGUAAAUGGUACAAGUCUCCAAAAAGGAGGGCACUCAUCAUUAUGUCGCUUUUGGUUGCUUCUAAUACUUUCGCGUUUCUCCUAAUGAUUUUCAUUUACCAGCUUCCUAUGACACAAUUGCAAUACUGUACUGACUUUCAUGUAUAAUGUAUCUGGAAUAAAAUGUCUCAGGCACAGUAAACUUUGCACACAA